AGGAAAAGCGAACCAACCACUACGAGGAUGACAUUUAUGAGAUCCGGGGUCGCUCCUCCCCUCAAAACCCUGGCUGUCCUAGGAAAGACGUUUUAAUUUAAUCGGCUCAGGCAGGAAUUGAUUUCAGUGUCCCAGAUCACUGAAAGGCAAAACGGACACUCUGCAAGACCCCAGUAGAACGACAUAAACUACAAUGGAUUAUUCAACCAGCAAGAAAAAAGUGGUAGCUGUGGUGGGAGGUGGUUUGGUAAGAAAUCAAAAUGGAAGUGUGAAUAAUGUAAACAGGCUGCUGAUAUUUACUUUUAUAAAAACCUUGUCACAACAUGAACAAUUUAUCUAAUCUAUGUCUAAUCUAUUUAUAAAAUAUAAGGACUAACUGUAAGUUGCUCUGGAUAAGAGCGUCUGCUAAAUGACUAAAAUGUAAAUGUAAAUAAGGGUAAUCUAUUUCUAUUUUGUGAUACUUAAUUUCUUGAGGUUGUAGAUGCUAAUAGAUGCUGCCUGCACCAUAAACUAAUGCAAAAACAUGCAAGCCUUUAACAGACUCAUUCAAUCCUCUCUCAGGUCGGCGCCUUGAAUGCCUGCUACUUUGCAAAAAGAGGUUUUCAAGUAGAGGUCUUUGAAUCUCGAGACGGUAAACACUUGAUUAUACAACAUAUAAAGUGCUUCCUCUUAUUUUGAACAGCUACAAAGUAGUCUGCAUCUAUUUUGGAAGUAUGCACUGCAUGCAGUCAUUAGUCAUUACAAAAUUCCUAACAACAGAGCACAAUGGCUUCUGUCCUGGUAGCAAUCAAACAGCAAUCUAAACAUGCGUCAAAAUAUGACACUGGUUUCACAAGCAUUCACCAGAUGCAGAGAAAUUACAUUUGGAUUGACCAGUAGCUUGUGUAUGUUACCCUUGAGUAUAGUCAUACCUGAAUGUUUGAUCUCUCUGUCCGUCUCUGAUCCUGACCAGAUAUCCGCCAAGCCAAAAUAGUCAAGGGAAGAAGCAUCAAUCUAGCUCUAUCUCACAGGGGUCGCCAGGCAUUGAAGCAAGUGGGAAUGGAAGACACGGUAUGCUGUCCUGUUUUGUCCUUCUUGGCUACCACUUUGGGAAAUUGAAUUCCUAGUCUCAAGAGCACGUAAGAGAUGAGAACGGAACCAGGCAGCCGCUCUUUGUUUUUAUUUUGCUGUAUUCAUAAUGAUGAAAUAUUCAAAGUGACCAGGCCCCCUGGGUACAUCCGGAUGGCCCCCUGUACUCAGUUCUCUAAAAUGUUAUAUUCUAACAACUGAGGUCAGCAAUUAUAUUAUUUUAUUGGGCACACAUUUGAUGCACCAGGGGUGUUAUGUAUGCCUCGGCAGGCACAGCUUCAGAAUGUUAUUUUACAUUUCCAUAGCAUGACAGGGUCACGUUUGCUUCGCCAGCUUUUCAAGUAAACCUUUUUAUUUUUUUUCACCUUUAUUUAACCAGGUAAGCCAGUUGAGAACAAGUUCUCAUUUACAACUGCGACCUGGCCAAGAUAAAGCAAAGCAGUGCGAUAAAAACAACAACAACAACACAGAGUUACAUAUGGAAUAAACAAAAACAAAACGUACAGUCAAUAACACAAUAGAAAAUCUAUAUACAGUGUGUGCAAAUGUAGUAAGUUAUGGAGGUAAGGCAAUAAAUAGGCCAUAGUGCUAAAUAAUUACAAUUUAGUAUUAACACUGGAGUGAUAGAUGUGCAGAAGAUGAUGUGAAAAUAGAGAUACUGGGGUGCAAAUGAGCAAAAUAAAUAACAAUGUAAAUAACAAUAUGGGGAUGAGGUAGUUGGGUGGGCUAAUUACAGAUGUGCUGUGUACAGGUGCAGUGAUCGGUAAGCUGCUCUGACAACUGAUGCUUAAAGUUAGUGAGGGAGAUAUCUCUUCAAGGGCAGUCAUGAUGAGGGACAGAAUGAACUUAGGUAGCCCAUAUUUAGAGCCAAGAAUAUCCACUUUCCUGAACUACGGCCGAACGGAUAGAUGUGUUUGAAAUGUUUUGCCAAUUGUUGUUGCUAGAGAACUUAGUGCUGGAUUCCUUUUUCAAUAUGUUUGUUUUCACCAUGUUAUUGUUGAUACACUGACAAUGUAAAAGUUCAUGAGCAAAUCUGACCAGUUUGAUUUCUUCUCCAGAUUGUCUCCAAAGGAAUCCCCAUGCAUUCCAGAAUGAUCCACUCUUUGAAUGGGACACAGUCCCCCAUUCCUUAUGGCAAGAAAGGCCAGGUAACGCCUACACACACCACACUGUAACUCCCAUUAGAUAGAUUAAGAAUUAAUUCUACACGCAAGACAAAGUAUGACCAUUAUCUUGUAACACAGUACUCUGUCAGCCUUUUGUAUUACUUAUGUAUAAUUACAGUAUCUUAAAUACAUCAUUGAGUACGGUUACAUGCACACAAUGAUAUGAUUAUUGUGAAUAGUCAGAUUAAUAUAAUAGUUCGAUUUAAACGUUUACAUGCUUUGCAAGAAGAACAAUUUCCCUAAUAAUCCUGUUUACAUGGACACAUCUGAAAUCAGACAACAUAAUGGGACUUUGAUUAUUGCAGAUAAUCGGCUAUCAAAAUACACGUUCUAACACAGCGACCAUGUUAUUUUUGUGAAAACUAUUUUAUUCUGAGUUCGGACAUAUAAAGUUUGUAUUUUAAAACUAUUUCUAAGAUGGAUACUUUCAGUUUUUCCGAACUCACUUCACUCGCGCAAAAGAAGGAAGCUCGCGCUUCUCGUGCUAGCACAUGCGCAGAUCAAAUACACCACUGUAACUUUGAUUAAGGUGUUUAAGUGUCAUAAUAAUUUGAAAGAUUGCUCAGAAAACCAGUUGUUUUAAUCGGUGUAUGCUUACUUCGAUUAUGACCUUAUGCCGAUUUAAGAUAAGCAGAGUAAAGUGUUUACAUGACUAACUUCCAUAAUCAGUUUAAUAUCGAAUUAUUAGUGUGCAUAUAAACAUACUCUUUGAGUCACUCCCACUCUCUCGUAGUUUUUACACUGUCUCUGUAGCAUAAGGGUCGUUCUUGAAUUGCGGUGUCAUUUGGAUAUGGCAUUUUGGAAUAAAUUAAGUACAUUUUUCUAGAUUUAUUUUCUUUCUAUACAAUAUAUUAAAUACUUUUUUGUUUACUUUCUAGCAUUCAAAAUAAUAGAUCGAUAUCUCUAAAUCUCCAAAAUAAGUCACUUUAACUCCACUCAUCACUACUGGGACAAACCCAUUUUCUUGCCCUAAGUACUUCAAUCAAUGCAAAAAAUAAUUGCAGUAUAAAGGACUUGCAUUAUGUUUUAUCAUUGAUGAACAGUUCAAUACAUAAACAGUUAAACAGUGCCAAAGUGGUGGAAUCUGUGCUGAGUAAUGUUAUAAUAACAGUUGAUUAUGGGUCAUUCUUGAAUUGGAGUGGCAUUUGCGUCGCUUGCAUUUGCAACCAAGAAAGUGCAUAGAGAUAAAAACAUGGUCAGUGGCCUCAGAUUUACUGAAUCAACAGGACCUCUUCCAUCCCGAAGGGACUCUGUUAAUCAUUACACUUGUUUGCGACAAGGAGCAAAGGGAAUGAGGGUUGUGUGAUUCAUCAUCUCGAAAAUCCCUUAAAUAAAGCAGGCCUUUAUUUCAAUCCCAGAAUACUUGAUUACAUUUAAUUUCAAAUUAACACCUGUCUUAGGUUCUCACGGUGUGAAUAGUCAGUUAAAGCUGGAAUCUUUAAUGGUGAAACUGCCACGUCCGUUUGCGAUAUUACAAUAACAAAGAAGUUAUUGCAAACAACUAACAUAGUUUUUUUCCCCUCUGACAUCAUUGCACGUGCGAUAGAACAGCAGCAUAUGUACUGCACUUUUUUUUUACCACAAUGUGGGAUGCUCCCCUGCUCUGCUUCGUCAAACAAUAACAAUGGCCAUGGGGUGGGCAGUGGCGCUGUUUCCCCUAUCAUUUCAAAAACUUUAGCUGUGCUUGAUUGAGCUUGCUUGUUGAAAUGGAACCAAUAGAAAAAUCGCCAAAAGUGCAAACACUGCCCACCAUGCACACUAAAGCAAAUGCUUAAAGUAUUUGAAAGAGUACAAAUAGUAUUUGAACUCAUGUCUGCACUGGUCACAAUGGGCUGUUGAGGUCAAGGAGGGUGAUAAUCCAGACCUGAAACAAAGCACAAUGUACCUGUUAUAUUUAUUUUAGCUUGAGAGGAAGCUUUUUAAUCUAUUACAAGGUUUAUGACUUCAGACAACACCGUAAAAUGUACACCAGCCCACCGUGACCAUUGUAGACAUUAGUUCAAAUAGUAUUUGCACUCUUUCAAAUGCUUUAAGCGUUUGCCUCAGACUGCCGGGAGUGCCAGUUGGGUGGUGUUUGCAUUUCGGAAUUUUGUAUUGAUUCCAUUUCAACAAGCAAGCUCAAUCAAGUAUUUGAAAUUAUAAUAUUUAAACCCAGGUCUGGCCUAGUGUGGUGGAAACUUCCCAACAUUGUCACAUCAUGUUUCUGUUUGGUUCUGUACCUAUGAUAGAUGGCAUGAGCUGUAAUUCCACCCUAUAGUAAAGGUGAUGCUCAGCUCAGGACAGGUACCCUGCAAUAUGAUGAUGGAGGGAGGGGAGCACUAUUGUCUACACUGAGCUGUGGGGAGUCGUGUUUUUGAAAGGGGUUAACCUCUGUCUUAUUCUGUCUUUAAAGGGGAACUAUAUUUAGGCCACCGUCUUCAUAGUAGCCCACUAAACUCAGUAAUCCCUCUGUCAUUAAGAGAAGUGGGAAGAUAUGUAGAUGAGAAAAAGUGAAUAACACAGUCAGACAUAGAAAAAAAGUUCUGGAAAAUAAUUAGGGGAGAUCGGCUAGGCAGAGAGUGGUGAUGGAGAGAGGGGUGGAAGGGGAAGACAUGUUAGCUAAUUCGAGAAGUAUUUAUUUCUUCUGGGGGAAAGAGAGGGAUUUUAUUCUACCCAAUUGUUCAAGUAGAAAGGACAAGAUAAAAAAGUGCACUCCCGAUGGAUGUUCCACUAAAUCAAUUAUCCCAUCCACUCAACACUUCAGAAGGUGAUUUGAAUCAAAGGCUUACUCAUGCUAUCAACUCAGUGAUUCUUACUAGACAAUAGACAAACUCCCCGAUCCCACACACAUUUCAGUCACUGAACGUUUUAAGACUCCCGAGCAUUGCUUCUAAAUGUAUUUGAAAUGUAUUCCUUGUUGACAAGUAUGUUUUUGUAUAAAAAAGUGGUUGUGUCAGUUUUACAGGGUCACAUUAUUAUGUGUAGUUGAGGGGUACUGUAACAUCCUGUUCUCUUUUCAGCACAUCCUGUCUGUUGACAGAGCCAACCUCAACAAAGAACUGUUGUCAGGUAGGAGAAUGAAAAUCCUUAUUCCCAUGAUGCCUGAGGGGUAUACUUCUAUUGAAGAAAGGUCUACUCUGGGUUUUCUAAAGCUAGCCAGCUUCAGUUAGAUUCACAUUCCAGCUCAGGCUUCAUCCAUACUACGACAGUGGAUAUUGCUUGUACGCCUGCCGCUAACUCUAGCAGGCUUGGAACUGCGUGUGGAUGUCACACAUUCCUAGUCGAAUGCCAGACUCUUCAUUGAGGCAAUGCUGAAACAUAAAUCCAUGGGCAAGUCAGUGCCACAUUUUAAUUUGUGACAAAAUCAAAAUGAAAGAAAAGUUAGCUUGCAAAUUCAGCAGGCUAUGGUGUGAAAUAGGCUUGUUGAAGGGCCGUCUUUAUUUUAUUACUUAUCAUUAAUGCCGUCUUUGGGGUACUUAUCAAUGCACAAGCACCUUUUUUCCCACUCCUAUCGAUAACAUAAUGAUAUUAAGUCAUACACAAGUUUUACUGUGCGUGAAGUUUCAAAUUCAUUAUGUCAUUACUAAAUGUGUAAUGUGAAAGGUAUUUUAACAUAAUACUUUUUCAACACACAAAAAAACAUUUAAUGAAUAAAAUAUUUAAUCAGUCGUCUUCUUCAAAUGAAGGGGAUGAUGACGCAAUCUUUGCGAGAGGGAGGGAAUCUGAUUUCAUUGGUCUUCAACUUGCGGCUCAGACACUUCAUUCAGGAUAAAUGAGCGUCUGCUAAAUGACUAAAAUGUAAAUGUACAUAAAUGGAGUUAGCCCUAAGAUAGCCUGCCCAGGAGCAUGUUAGUGCUGAAGGAUUCGUUGCCAUAGAAAUUUACCUGGCUAAAAGGUGAGCCACUUUCGUGGUACCAGUUAUCCAGAGUUGAACUCAGAGUUGACCGAAGUUACCUCGCUAACUAAGUAUAGGGCUCUGGAGAGCAUGUCAGAUUCUCAAUAUUGUAUGUGCUUAUUGAAAUGCAGUAUGCCUAUCCACUCAUCUUGAAUGGCAAAUAGGUUAAUCUUGUAUUAUCUACCUGUAGGUCAAUCUGCCAUUUCUAAGAUUAAAUAAGAUAAAUUAUUAAGAUGAAUAUGAAUAGUUUCCCUCACCUUAUGUGCUUGUUAAAAGUACGGUCUUAAAACUAUCUGUAAAGUUUAAGGUUAAAUAGAGAUGUCUUUUUCUUUCCACUUGGCUUAACCACUGACAUUUUUUAAAUAAUUUUAAUACAGAAGAUUUCCCCUGGGUUUAACAUAUUUCCAUGGUUCUCAUUAAAGUGCAUGAAGGCUUAGACAUUAAAUACUGUACAAUUUAAACACUUGCACCCCAAUCCCCCCUUCCCCCCAAAAUGUGUCAAUAUUGGACUAUACAUUGUGCCUUCAUGUAUUAUACUUAUGCAAAAAUGUUUAUUCUAUUCUACUGAGCCAUUUACUUUAUGUUUGUACUCUUAUAUUUUAUUAUUUCUUAUUGUUGUAAGUAAGAAUUUAGUUGGACGGUGUAUACCAUGUGUAUCCUGUACAUACGACUAAUAAAACCUAAGGCUGUUUUUGGGUCUAAAAAUAUGUUUGCCUAAUGUUAAAUGAAGCUCUACAGCCUUGGGGUAGAGAUAAUAGGUUAGUGAGAGGAUGAUUCUUCUGACUAAUGAGACACAUAGGGGUUUCUGUUAUGGGUUUUCUAAUAGUCUACAUCAGGGAUGGGCAACUGGCGGCAGCACCCCUUUUGAAGGCCCUCGGAUCAGUCAGGGUCUCAAAUUACUGUUGCCAGUUAGAAUAGUAGAAUACACAAGGUGCAAUUUUGAAAUUUGGUUGUGAAUCAGCAGUUUUUCUCUUGUUAUGUCAGUCACUGAUAGUCAGUCAAUUAGCCCAUGUCAGCUUACAUUUUUUAGAUUGCUAAAUUAGUUUAGCGGCCAGCUAUCUAAACUUGUUAUCAUGGUCGAUGGUGCCCCACAUUGAUUAUGUUAGUCAUUCUCACUCAAAUAUCAUAUUAAAAACUGCAAACAUUUCUCUCCACCCUAUUUCAAAAUGUGUAGAAUUGCAGGAAGUUUGAUGUAAAACAGCUAAUUUCCCUCUCCGCCACAUGGCAAAAUGAGUAAAAUUGCAUGAAAUGAGUUAUAAAAAUGCAAAAUCUUCUCGCCGCCUCAUGGCAAAAUGUGUAGAAUUGCUUUAAACCGCAACAUUCUUAAUGUGUAGAAUUGCACUGAAUUAACUCAAAAAUGUUUUAUCUGCUGUCAAGAGGGGGGCAUGGAUGAGGUUACGCAGACCCACGAGCGACUGUGACCCUCAUGAGGGGUUCAGAUUUUUGUGGCCCCCAACCCCAUCAAAGUUGCUCAUCCCUGGACUACAUGGUCUGUUAUCAACAGUAGGGCAGUUUCAGGCACAUUGAACUCUGAAGAUCAAAGGGCCUUCUGUCACUAUGUAUACUAAAAUGUGAUUGACAUGCACACACAAGAAGAGCUAUACUCAUGAAUGUUUAAGUAGACUAGUAAAUGUCAUAUAAUAGACUAAUGUAGUCAAUCAUGUCAUAUAACAACAGCUCUAGACUGUGUUUACUACACAGUCAACAAUAUCUAUACAAGCCUUUUACAAUGGUUUUGUAAGGCUUUUUGUAAGGUUUUGCCCAAUGUUUGCUGUGUCAUGCAAGUCUAAUUAUUUAAUGCUUUGUUCUGUAACUGCAGCGGCAGAGACGUAUUCAAACACAAAGCUGAACUUCGCCCACAAACUACUCAAUUGGAGCACUGAAACAGGGUCGAUGACCUUUCUCAGGUAAAUAGUUACUAAUCACACGGACGGACACACACACACACACACACACACACACACACACACACACACACACUCACAUUAACUCUACCUCCCUCUCUCUUUCUAAAGUGUUGACUAAAGUUGCCUUGUUCUUGCUUUAUUGCUUUCGGUUGGACUCUGUGUUCCUGCAUUUAAUUGCAUGUAGCCUAGUGUGUGUGUUCAACAGCAUACAUGUUGCUUUUAAGCCUCUGGGUAGAUUUUUUUUAUAGGUCUGUAAUUGGGUGGUCUUGAGGUAAUUGUGUCAUACAAUUUAAAAGCAAAUUAGCAGCAAAACCUCCCUACCGCUGUGAAUUAUUAACUUAGGUAGAAUGUUAGUGAAUAAGCCCUAUUUAAAAUUAAUUAUAAACUGACACAUUUAUUGACAUUGAAGUUUUUAAAUGAUCACAUUUAAUGAAUUACAAAUGUAAUAGCAUCUAUCUGUGGAAUGAUGUUGGUGGUACUGUAUGGUGUGUCUAAGGGCUGAUGGUGCAAAGGAGGAGAUCCAGGCAGACUUGAUUGUGGGGUGUGAUGGAGCAUUCUCUGCCAUCCGGAAACAGUUCCUCCGUCAGAGCCGUUUCAACUUCAGUCAGACCUACAUCCCCCAUGGGUACCUGGAGCUCACCAUGCCCCCCAUCAAUGGAGAGGUUGGUCCUCUGAUGCUCAGAACAUGCCACACAGGAUCAGGCCAGGGGCCAUAUUCAAAAACAGUCUCAGAGUAGCAGUGCUAGGAUCAGUUUAGCCUUUUAGAUAAUAAUGAGUAAAAUUAUAUGAACAGCUCCUAGAUCAGCAAUCCUACUCUAAGACAAUUUUUGAAUACGGCCCAUGUUUCAAAUAGUUUACAAUUUGCAAAGCUACUGUGUCUGUUCUAUAUAAUGUGUUUACCUUCUUUAUACUGUUAUAAUGCCGUCAUUUCUUUUACUUUGCUCCCAGUUUGCCAUGAAGCCCAAUUAUCUGCACAUAUGGCCACGCAACACAUUCAUGAUGAUUGCUCUGCCCAACUUGGUGAGUCUAAAUAGAACACUGUGUUUGUUUACCCUCGUCUACAUACUCUAUCUAUCCUCUCAGCUUCAUUAUCAUGUGCUAAACUUGAUAAUAGAGGGUAGGUAAGUUUAAACACGUUAUGAGAAAAUGUCUCUAAAGCGAUGUAAAAUAUACUGCUUUUUAUUUAACCCCCUUACAAACAGGCCCAUUUUAACAACAUUCUUGCCUGCAUACACGCCUUUUAUACCUCCCGUGCGUAUGCCGGCAUGCUGGGGAUGAGUGGUAGUACUGGUGUGCAGAUGUGUGGGCGUAUAUUUUAGUAAAUCCAUUGAAUAUAAACCAUCAAAAAUAAAUAUAUUAUUUAAUUUAAGCCGAGUGUACAUUGCACGACUUUCAAAGUCCUAACAUCGCUGAGCCUCUCACAUUAAACGACCGUCUUUCCUGUAGUUUUUAAAAACUUCAAAUCAAAUCAAAUCAAAUUUUAUUGGCCACAUGCGCCGAAUACAACAGGUGCAGACAUUACAGUGAAAUGCUUACUUACAGCCCUUAACCAACAGUGCAUUUAUUUUAAAUAAAAAAGUAGAAUAAAACAAAAAAGUGUUGAGAAAAAAAGAGCAGAAGUAAAAUAAAAUAACAGUAGGGAGGCUAUAUAUACAGGGGGGUACCGGUGCAGAGUCAAUGUGCGGGGGCACCGGCUAGUUGAGGUAGUUGAAGUAAUAUGUACAUGUGGGUAGAGUUAAAGUGACUAUGCAUAAAUAAUUAACAGAGUAGCAGCAGCGUAAAAAGAUGGGGUGGGGGGGGCAGUGCAAAUAGCCAUGAUUAGCUGUUCAGGAGUCUUAUGGCUUGGGGGUAGAAGCUGUUGAGAAGUCUUUUGGACCUAGACUUGGCACUCCGGUACCGCUUGCCGUGCGGUAGCAGAGAGAACAGUCUAUGACUAGGGUGGCUGGAGUCUUUGACAAUUUUGAGGGCCUUCCUCUGCCAUCGUAGUGGUGCACACGCUAAACAAUCCGAUCUCAAAAACUUGUCUGGGAUAGCGAAAUCGGGGCCAAAAUUAUUUUGUGUACACCCGGCUUUAGGCAGGUCCUAAAAAACAUUAUGAGGCUAAUAAAAUGUAUUUUCAAAACAAUAGAAUGGCAUAUUGUUAGUUUAAUUAAGUUACGUCCAAAUGAAUGAAAUCAAUAGUUCAUUAUUUUGUUCAUUAAACAGACAAGACACACCUACCUGAUCAUAGUCAACACACACAUAUUUUGUAGUAAGGUAAUAAUGGAAUAUAACAGAAUAAAAUACAAAUGAUAUUUUUUCCCACACAACUUGUGCCAUGGAAUUGUGUGGAACCACUGUCAUAUAAAAAAGGGACAUUUUUAAACAGAGUUUUUUCCUACCCACUCGACUUUGUUAGGGAGCAGGUGUAGGGUCCUACAUUGAGAGUAUCUUCGUCAUGAUUCCAAAAGAAAAUAAUAGCAAUCCUAUUUUCAUAAGCAUGUGAGUCUUGUUCAUAUUUCACAACCUCCGCAGGCUUUUGGAGUUGCCUCAAGCAAAAUAAUAGGCCUACACUUGAUUGAGGUUACAUUAUUUCAUGCUAAAUGUUUCUGAUCAGUGAUCGAUGAGCAAAUGAAUAGAUGAGCUAUACAUACCACUUCCACUUAUUUGGCCAGCCAGAAACCAAUUAACCAAAUAGCCUAUGCAGACGGAGGUUCAGUGAAACAAAAUCACAUUGAUUGAGACAAGACAGUGAAGUCACAGGCUUUUUUUUGUCAGGAGUAUGCUAGGCUACAAAACGACUGCGAGUGAAGAGCAUAAUAAUCCACCUGUUAAACUACAUAACAUUCUGGCAAAAUGUUCUAAUAAAUGAGCCAACUAGACAAGAUGAGCAUGAGCAGCACUCACCUCAAUUUAGCUAACGUUUCUAAAGCCCUUCUGGCUGUGCCGGGUGGAGAUUAUAAGAGUACAUGGCCAUUAAAGCCAGAUCGUUCUUCAAGAUGUUGAAAUGUUUAUAGAUGACCAGCAGGGUCAAUAAUAAUCACAGUGUUUGUAGAGGGUGCAACAGGUCAGCACCUCAGCAGCCGAGCAUUCAGAGGUUGAGAGAGGUUGAGAGAGAGAGUUAAGAGAGACUUAAGUUCACACAUGACACCAGAUAGGACAGACUGACCCUAGCCCCCUGGCAUAUAGACUAUUGCCGCAUAGAUACAGCAUAGCCUAACCAAUGUCCAAACGGCGAUUCAGUGAAAACUCAAAUCUGACAUUGAUUGAUUUAUCAAGACGAGUCCCCACUCUUGUCUCAAAGCAGCGUAAUGGCGCUGUCCCAAUCAAAACGGUGCUGAAAUUAUAAUCUAGUUCACCACAUGCAGGUAGGCUAUUGCUUCAAAUAUAUUACAAUAAUUGGAUGACUUUGGGAGUUUAAGUAAGCAACAGUUUGAUAUAUGCCUUCAGUUGCAUAAGCCUACACUAGUCCAAUAUUUGAAUCAUUCAGUGAUAUUUAUUCCCACAGUAAUUAUUUAUGGAUCCAUCCAGUUGUGGUUAAGAAAACAGUGCAUGCUUAGUGGUGGGCUAUGCGAAGAGAUGGGAGAAGUGACAUGCCUUGGAAAGUUUAGAUCUGGCAGGAGGAUGGUUAACUGCCGCUGCCUAGCAACCAUCAAGAGUUUAAGAGCGUAGUGGUGCCAAUGACGCCUCAGCAUUGUGGCUCUGUUUACCAAAAUAAUUACGAGGUCAUUAGGUGGAGAUACAUUUUUCGGCUUUGAUACCGGCAAUACCUUUCAGAUAUAAGGAAAAGGCGGUAUGGUAAAGUUUGCGGGAAAAUGCCUUAGUAUGAAAGGGAUCAUAGAGACCUAAUGUAAAAGACCAUAUGGACUCAUUAGAAAAUAUCAAAAGUCAUUUAAACAUUGUCACCUGAGCUGGCAUAUUCGUUAUACAGUAUGUCACUUUAAUUACAUAUUUAUAUGUCACAUUGCUAAUCACCUGCAGGAGGACACAGUGUGAACAGGGAUAUUUCACUUUAUCUAAAAUAAACUUUUUAGUCACUAAACGUUUUCACCAACAUCUUCACUUCUCAAAUACCCUGGUUCCCACAGGUCGAGACUUACUUUUUAACAGAGGCGAACGCUCAUACAAAAUGUCAGCAAAGCGUUUAUAGCAGAUAGGCAGUAAUCCCACCUCUCAGCCUCCACCACUGCUACUAUUAAUACCAUUAUUAACGUUCUGGCCUAUUCAGCAAAAGAGGAAAAGCUGUUCUGUUUGAGUGUGGCUAGGUUAAAGCACCUCAUUCAAGGGUACAUUAGCACUGUCACUCAGUACAGCUCGAGGGUGCAUUGGGAGGAUUGUGAAAAAUGCAUUGCAUUGCAAAAAUACAUUGCAUUGCUGCCAAGGUAGCGACACUCCUAGGACCCGUGGGAUAGGCUGGCCUGAUGCCUAGUCAGCCAGGGCUGGCUAGGUAGCUGCUAACACAUUACCAUCUCUCUACACCACAUCCAUCAGUUCAUGUGGAGCAUCCAUUUGUUAGGCUUACUGUGUUAAUCUGCAUACUGUUUGUUCUCAGGACAAGACUUUCACCUGCACACUCUUCAUGCCUUUUGACGAGUUUGAAAAAGUUACCACGGGCGACCAGGUCAUUGAGUUCUUCCAGAAAUACUUUCCCGACGCCAUCCCACUAAUAGGAGCGUAAGUGACUUUCCCUCCCCUCCAUCCCUCCAUCCAUCCUUCCCUCCCCUCCAUCCCUCCAUCCAUCCUUCCCUCCCUUCAUCCCUCCGGCCCCCUUUAAUUUCUUCUUGCAUCAGGUCGAACCACAUCCAUCGUCUCCUGGGUGUGAAAUUACUGACCCACCAUUAUGUGGCUUGGAGAGCUGAGUUUUGCAUGUUGCAGCUGAGGUGUGUAACUCGUAUAGGUCUUUUCAGGGUUGACUUGAAAUGCAGCAGGAGAAACAGCUUUAAUCCUGUUUACUUUUAGAUCCCCCACCCACUGUCUAAAUUCACAGUUACAUUAAAAUAAAGAAUGUAACACCUACAAUAUAACACACCUAUCUGAGUGUUGAAAAACAAAUCCUAGCUGCCCUCCUCUGCCAAUGCAAGCCCGAAGAGUAUGACCAUAUUCUUCUCUCAUUAGAUACAAUGGUUGAAAAGAGCGCAUGGAUAAGGUCAUGCAGUGUAGCUGUAUAAGAAAUCAACAUGUACCAUACACUAUGCAUAUCAAUGUCAUAGCGGUCAUUGUGUGUCUCUCUGCUACCCUCUCUCACAGGGACGCUCUUAAAAGGGAUUAUUUCCGUCUACCAGCCCAGGCCAUGGUGUCCGUGAAGUGCUCCCCAUAUCACCUUAGUGAUAAUUGUGUCCUUAUGGGGGAUGCAGCCCAUGCUGUGGUGCCAUUCUAUGGACAGGGGAUGAACGCAGUAAGUAGAAGUAUAUGCAGUAUAUACAGAGGGGAACAGCGAGAGGGGGAGGAGGAUGGAAGAUAUGAGACCUGUGCGGUCCUGUGUGGCUCAGUUACGAGCAUGGCGCUAGCAAGGUCAUAGGGCCAAGGUCAUAGUUUCACUGUGCCACUUAGCACAUACAGUGCCUUCAGAAAGUAAUAAACAAAGUAUUCACACCCCUUUUUCCAAAAUGUUUGUGUUACAGCCUGAAUUUCAAAUGGAUUAAAAUCAUAUUUUUUUUGUCACUGGCUUACACACAAUACACCAUAAUGUCAAAGUGGAAGUAUGUUUAUUUUUGGGAAUUUUAUUUUACAAAUGAAUUACAUUAAUUAAAAAUGUAUAAAAAAAUUUUAAAGCUGAAAUGUCUUGAGUCAAUAAGUAUUCAACUCCUUUGUUAUGGCAAGCCUACAUAAGUUUAGGAGUAAAAAUCUGCUUAACAAGUCACAUAAUACGUUGCAUGGACUCACUCUGUGUGCAAUAAUAGUGUUUAACAUGAUUUUUGAAUGACUACCUCAUCUCUGUACCCCACACAUACAAUUAUCUGUAAGGACCCUCAGCUGAGCAUGGUGAAGUUAUUAAUUAUAUUUUGGAUGUUGUAUCAAUACACCCAGUCACUACAAAGAUACAGGCGUCCUUCCUAACUCAGUUGCCGGAGAGGAAGGAAACCGCUCAGGGAUUUCACCAUGAGGCCAAUGGUGACUUUAAAACAGUUACAGAGUUUAAUGGCUGUGAUGGGAGAAAACAGAAUGGCUCUACAACAUUGUAGUUACUCCACAAUACUAACCUAAUUGACAGAGUGAAAAGAAGGAAACCUGUAUAGAAUAGAAAUAUUCCAAAACAUGCAUCCUAUUUGCAAAAAGGCACUAAAGUAAUACUGCAGAAAAUGUGGCAAAGCAAUUCACUUUUUGUCCUGAAUGCAAAGUGUUAUGUUUGGGGCAAACACAUUACUGAGUGCCACUCUCCAUAUUUUCAAGCAUAGUGGUGGCUGCAUAAUGUUAUGGGUAUGCUUGUAAUCAUUAAGGACUGGGGAGUUUUUCAGGAGUUCAGUCUGCUUUCCAUCAGACACUGGGAGAUGAAUUCACCUUUCAGCAGGACAAUAACGUAAAACACAAGGCCAAAUAUAUACUGGAGUUGUUCCUGAGUGGCCGAGUUACAGUUUUUACUUAAAUCUACUUGAAAAUAUAUGGUAAGACCUGAAAAUGCUUGUCCAGCAAUGAUCAACAACCAAUUUGACAGAGCUUGAAGAAUCUUGAAAAAUGUUGCACAAUCCAGGUGUGGAAAGCUCUUAGAGACUUACCCAGAAAGACUCGCAACUGUAAUCACUGCCAAAGUAUUGACUCAGGGGUGUGAAUACUUACGUAAAUGAGAUAUGUCUGUAUUUAAUUUUCAAUACAUUUGCAAAAAUGUCUAAAAUCAUGUUUUCAAUAUGUUAUUAUGGGGUAUUGUGUGUAGAUGGGUGAGAAAAAUAAUCGAUUUAAUCGAUUUUGAAUUCAGGCUGUAACUGAACAAAAUGUGGAAUAAGUCAAGGGGUAUGAAUACUUUCUGAAGUGUCCUUUGCUAUAAAUGUAUGCACUCACCAUACUGUAAGUCGCUCCGGAUAAAAGUAUCUGCUAAGUGGUAUAAGAAAGUAGCCUUGGCUUGUGCGAGCCGGAACGGCUGAUAGGAGCAAGAGUGCCUGUUUUUAUGGCUUGAGGCAGCUUGAUGUACAAGUACACCCCCUGGACAGGACACUAAGUGGUAUACAUUAUUAUUCUUAUUAUAAAAUAUGACACCUUGAUUCAAUGUCAUUUCAAACAUAUAGUUAACUAAGCUUAUUUCCAGGGCUUUGAAGACUGCCUUGUUUUCGACGAAAUCAUGGACCAGCUCAACGAAGACUUCAGUGAGUAAACACACUGAAUAUUACAGACUGCACAGCAAAUGUACUUUGACAGCCAGAGGACCAAAGUAUCCAAAUCCAUUUCCCCCCGAUGUCAAAGUACUUCCUCAACAACCAGCUAAAUGAGUUUGUUUUGUUGGUGGAGCUGAAUAUACAGUACCAGUCAAAAGUUUGGACACACCUACUCAUUCAAGGGUUUUUCUUAAAUGUUACUAUUUUCUACAUUGUGGAAUAAUAGUGAAGACAUCAAAACUAUGAAAUAACACAUAUGGAAUCAUGUAGGAACCAAAAAAGUGUUAAACAAAUGAAAAUAUAUUUUCUAUUUCAAAUUCUUCAAAGUAGCCACCCUUUGCCUUGAUGACAGCUUUGCAUACUCUUGGCAUUCUUUCAACCAGCUUCAUGAGGAAUGGUUUUCCAACAGUCUUGAAGGAGUUCCCACAUGCUGAGCACUUGUUGGCUGCUUUUCCUUCACUCUGCGGUCAAACUCAUCCCAAACCAUCUCAAUUGGGUUGAGGUCGGGGGAUUGUGGAGGCCAGGUCAUCUGAUGCAGCACUCCAUCACUCUCCUUCUUGGUCAAAUAGCCCUUACACAGCCUGGAGGUGUGUUUUGGGUCAUUGUCCUGUUGAAAGACAAAUGAUAGACCCACUAAGUGCAAACCAGAUGGGAUGGCGUAUCGCUGCAGAAUGCUGUAGUAGCCAUGCUGGUUAACUGUGCCUUUAAUUCUAAAUAAAUCACAGACAGUGUCACCAGCAAAGCACCCCCACACCAUCACACCUCCUCCUCCAUGCUUCACGGUGGGAACCACACAUGCAGAGAUCAUCAGUUCACCUACACAAAGACACGGCGGUUGGAACCAAAAAUCUCCAAUUUGGACUCAUCAGACCAAAGGAUAGAUUUCCACCGGUCUAAUGUCCAUUGCUCGUGUUUCUUGGCCCAAGCAAGUCUCUUCUUAUUAUUGGUGUCCUUUAGUAGUGGUUUCUUUGCAGCAAUUCGACCAUGAAGGCCUGAUUCACGCAGUCUCCUCUGAACAGUUGAUGUUGAGAUGUGUCUGUGACUUGAACUCUGUGAAGCAUUUAUUUAGGCUGCAAUCUGAGGUGCAGUUAACUCUGCAGCAGAGGUAACUCUGGGUCUUCCAUUUCUGGCGGGCCUCAUGAGAGCCAGUUUCAUCAUAGCGCUUAAUGGUUUUUGCGACUGCUCUUGAAAUUUUCCGGAUUGACUGACCUUCAUGUCUUAAAGUAAUGAUGGACUGUCGUUACUCUUUGCUUAUUUGAGCUGUUCUUGCUAUAAUAUGGACUUUGUCUUUUAACAAAUAGGGCUAUCUUCUGUAUACCACCCCUACCUUGUCACAACACAACUGAUUGGCUCAAACGCAUUAAGAAGGAAAUAAAUUCCACAAAAUAACUUUUAACAAGGCACACCUGUUAAUUGAAAUGCAUUCCAGGUGACUACCUCAUGAAGCUGGUUGAGAGAAUGCCAAGAGUGUGCAAAGCUGUCAUCAAGGCAAAGGAUGGCUACUUUGAAGAAUCUCAAAUAUAAAAUAUAUUUUGAUUUAUUUAACACUUUUUUGGUUACUACAUGAUUCCAUAUGUGUUAUUACAUAGUUUUGAUGUCUUCACUAUUAUUCUACAAUGUAGAAAAUAGUAAAAAUAAAGAAAAACCUUGGAAUGCGUAGGUGUGUCUAAACUUUUUACUGGUACUGUACAUGUUUUAUUUCAUGCACCUGCGUAUGUCUGUGGUUGUUGGGAAAAGGCAGAAGACAAAUUUCCGUUUUGACCACAAUGGACAAUAAAGUAUAAUCUACUGUAUAUAUUAUAUUCUAUUCAUUCUGGUUCUUUCAGGUGUUGUUCUGCCUGAGUACACCAGAGUCCGAGUCCCAGACGACCAUGCCAUCGCAGACCUGGCCAUGUACAACUACGUCGAAGUAAUUGAGCACCCAUUUAGCUAUUGUACAAAAUCCAUUACCAGGGUCUUAUUCAUCAUGGCAUGCAACGAAAAACAUUUUCAAACAUUUUGCAACGGAAACGGAAAUGACCAACUCCAAGUAGUUACUCCCUGUUUCAGAAUGUUUUCUACGGUUUGGUGCCUAAUGAAUACAACCCAGUUUUGCCACGCACAACUACAGUGAUCAAAUUUUAUUCCCGACAUGCGCCGAAUACAACCGGUGUAGAGAUUACCGUGAAAUGCUUACUUACAAGCACUUAACCAACAAUACAGUUAAGAAAAUAGAGUUAAGAAAAUAUUUACUAAAUAAACAAAAGUAAAAAAUAUCAAUGUGCAGGGGUACAGGUUAAUCGAGGUAAUAUGUACAUGUAGGUAGGGGUAAAGUGACUAUGCAUAGAUAAUAAACAGCGAGUAGCAGCAUAGUAAAAACAAAGCGGGUGGGUGUCAAUGUAAAUAGUCCGGGUGGCCUUUUGAUUAAUUGUUCAGCAGUCUUAUGGCUUAGAUAGAAGCUGUUAAGGAGCCUUUUGGACCUAGACUUGGCACUCUGGUACCGCUUGCCGUGCGUUAGCAGAGAGAACAGUCUAUGACUUGGGUGACUGAAGUCUGACAGUUUUUUGGGCCUUCCUCUGACACCACCUAGUAUAUAGAUCCUGGAUGGCAGGAAGCUUGGCCCCAGUGAUGUACUGGGCCGUACGCACUACCCUCUGUAGCGCCUUACGGUCGGAUGCCGAGCAGUUGCCAUACCAGGUGGUGAUGCAACCUGAGGGGGAAAAUGCAUUGUCGUGCCCUCUUCACAACUUUCUUGGUGUGUUUGGACCAUGAUAGUUUGUUGGUGAUGUGGACACCAAGGAACUUGAAACUCUCGACCCGCUCCACUAAAGCCCUGUCGAUGUGAAUGGGGGCGUGUUUGCCCCUCCUUUUCCUCUAGUCCACGAUCAUCUCCUUUGUCUUGAUCACGUUGAGGGAGAGGUUGUUGUCCUGGCACCACACUGCCAGGUCUCUGACCUCCUCCCUAUAGGCUGAUGCUGUCUCAUUGUUGUCGGUGAUCAGGCCUACCACCUUUGUGUCGUCAGCAAACUGAAUGAUGGUGUUAUAGUCGUGCUUGGCCACGCAGUUGUGGGUGAACAGGGAGUACAGGAGGGGACUAAGCACUUACCCCUGAACACGCACCCCUGAUUUCAGCGACACUGGAUCUGGAGAAUUAUAUGAUGAAAAAGCUCCAUUUAGAUAAUGUAGCCCUGUAAAAGGCAUGGUGUUGACUUUUUUAAUCAAUGAAAGAGCAAAUGUGAGCUGAACCUCAUAUCUGUGUAACGUAAUAGGUUAUCUACUUAGGUUGGACUCUGUCUGCAUCAAUCAAUAGCUUAACGGCCAUUGUCAUCGAUUCAACAUUUCUCAAUUAUGGCUUUUACAGUGUGUGAUUAAUAAAUGGAUGAAUCUAUAUAAUCUCCAACAUUUAAUGAUGCCACAUUGAAUGAAUUAGUGGCACCAAGAAGACAACAUAACACUAAGACAGAAUCCAAAGGUUAUCUGAAUCCCACGUGAUUUGCAGACUCAAUUAUGCCAAUUAUCGCCAGCUAAUUAGCAUCAAUGAUUAUUGUCAUUUCAUUUUUCAUAGCUCUUGUCUUCCAAGAUGUUCAGAGAGACUAUCCACAGGCACAGCAGAGAGGUGUACGUACAUUUCCCUCUGCUUUGGGCAGAGGUUGGGGAGAUUGAGUUGAUUGAGUCCGGAGUAAUUGACAGCAGGCCAACGCUCCAUCACAUGCUGACAGGAAGCCAGCUCACACUAACCAUCCAUCCUUUAAUUCAUCCCUCUGUGCACAAAGACGGUAAUUGGUCUUAGUGUUACCCUCCCCUUGUAUACUGUCACGUUAGCCGUGUAAUCAUUCUUCCCCGAGAUCACACGUGACACACACAGCCGCAGCACUCCAUUAGAUUACAGAGCUAAAUUUAGCAUUCGCUCUACAGAGAUACUUGAGAAAAUUGGCACCCAAUGCCCUUUAAUGAGCUUGUUUGUUGAUGGCAUUUGUGGAGGUGAAAUGUUCAAAAGGGCAACAAAAAAAAAGCACAAGGUUUAUGAUACUGUAGGUAAUGCAUGUGAAAUCGGUUGGUCUAUGGUCAUUUUGAAAAUGACAUGCAUUACAGGAGAAAUAAUGGGUUUUUCAGUAUGAUGAGUACAUGUAAUGAAUCUGAUUCAUCCAGAGUACAGAUGGCUUGAUUUGCUAACAGAUGUAUUUUGUAUCCUUUUAGAUGCGGUCACAUGUUAAUUCCAAAUGGUUCCUCUUCCGAAAAUACGUCGACAAUUUCCUCCACAUUAUCAUGCCAAGGACAAUAAUCCCCUUAUACACCAUGGCAAGUUUUUUCGUAAUACAUUUAAAUCCAAUUGAUAGUACAUUUAAUACGAUUUUAAGUUUGCAUUACUGUGAAGGAUUCUAAAAGUCUAUUUGUGUGUUUCUGUAUUUGUGUUUCUGUGUUUCACCAUUCACAGGUUACAUUUACCAGGACAAGGUACCAUGAGGCAGUAAAACGCUGGCACUGGCAAGACAAAGUAAGAAAGGACAUUGUACACACGUUCAUUCUUCAUUGUACAAGGGUCUUUAAGUGCAUGCAUUUAGAAUUUUCUUUCAUACAGUUGUGUCUUUGUGUGUAUCUGCCCUUUCUGACAUUUUGAAACUGCGCAAAUCGUACUACUGCUUUUGCAAACAUCUUUUCAAAAGCAAGGUCAGAAAAGGGGAAUCAAUUCUAACCAGAGUGACCCAGCAAGAUUAUGCAGUAGGGCGCUUGUCUUGUUGCAACCAAAAAUAAGAUAUAGUUCCCUGUCUGACAAAGAGAUGUUGGUAUGGUGGGUGGCCAUGAUGAUUUGUAGAGGCUGAGGUUACUCGUCGAGGCUGUUGGCCCUGGCACUGCUUCAAGUUGUCUGACCUGCCAUCUUUGAUGACGUGUCAUUUUUCUAAUAAAUAUAAUAACUUAUGGAUGCGGGGGGAUGUCAAGGUUUCGUCAAAACAUUACUCAAGUACAGACUGAAAGGCAUGUGUAAGUGACGGGAGAGAGGCAAAGGGAGAGAAGAUGGUGGCUAUAGCACAGCACAGAAAUUUAACUUGAAAAAGGAUGGAGGGAUUUUUUUGGUUCGAUUUUAUUUCAUAUUGGUUUUUAGACAAUAGCCAUAGACAAAAGGUUUGGAGAUGGUUUGGAGAUGACAUAGCCUAAUAUAGACAGAAGCAUGUCUGUUCUACUAAAUAUAUAUUAUGUUACGCUGUGUGCACUGAACUGACAUGCAUGAUUGUUGCUGACACUCUGAUGUUCAGAUGGUGUGUAUAGCUGCUGGCAAAGUAAUUUAAAGCCUAUACUUUAUCACUCAGGAUGUAACUUUACAGUGCACCUAUUUUUUGCCAUGUAAUGUUAUUAUUACAACUAAAUCAGACAACUCCAUAGUAGAAUAGUUUACCUAUUUACCUAGACGACUUCUUGUGUGUUCUAUGCAAGAGUAAUAUUCCUCUUGAGGAAGUUGGGAGGGCCAUAUGAGGGAAGCAUGUAUUCUGUAUUCUGACCAAUGAUGUACACUGAGCAUACAAAACAUUAAGAACAUCUUCUCUUUCCAUGACAUAGACUGACCAGGUGAAUCCAGGUGAAAGCUAUGAUCCUUUAUUGAUGUCACUUGUUAAAUCCACUUCAAAUCAGUGUAGAUGAAGGGGAGGAGACAGGUUAAAGAAUAGUUUUUAAGCCUUAAGUCAAUUGAGCAAUUGAGACAUGGAUUGUGUAUGUGCGCCCUUCAGAGGGUGAAUGGGCAAGACAAAAUAUUUAAGUGCCUUUGAACGGCACACCGGUUUGUGUAAAGAACUGCAACACUGCUGGGUUCUUCACGCUCAACAGUUUCCCGUGUGUAUCAAGAAUGGUCCACCACCCAAAGGACAUCCAGCCAACUUGACACAACUGUGAGAAGCACUGGACUCAACAUGGGCCAGCAUCCCUGUGGAACACCUUCGACAUCCUGUAGAGUCUAGCCCCGAUGAAUUGAGGCUAUUCUGAGGGCAAAAGGGCAGGGGUGCAACUCAAUAUUAGGAAGUUGUUCCUAAUGUUUGGUAUACUCAGUAUAUACAGUGAGGGAAAAAAGUAUUUGAUCCCCUGUUGAUUUUGUACGUUUGCCCACUGACAAAGAAAUGUUCAGUCUAUAAUUUUAAUGGUAGGUUUAUUUGAACAGUGAGAGACAGAAUAACAACAAAAAAAUCCAGAAAAACGCAUGUCAAAAAUGUUAUAAAUUGAUUUGGAUUUUAAUGGGGGAAAUAAGUAUUUGACCCCCUCUCAAUCAGAAAGAUUUCUGGUUACCAGGUGUCUUUAAUACAGGUAACGAGUUUAGAUUAGGAGCACACUCUUAAAGGGAGUGCUCCUAAUCUCAGUUUGUUACCUGUAUAAAAGACACCUGUCCACAGAAGCAAUCAAUCAAUCAGAUUCCAAACUCUCCACCAUGGCCAAGACCAAAGAGCUCUCCAAGGAUGUCAGGGACAAGAUUGUAGACCUACACAAGGCUGGAAUGGGCUACAAGACCAUCGCCAAGCAGCUUGGUGAGAAGGUGACAACAGUUGGUGCGAUUAUUCGCAAAUGGAAGAAACACAAAAUAACUGUCAAUCUCCCUCGGCCUGGGGCUCCAUUCAAGAUCUCACCUCGUGGAGUUGCAAUGAUCAUGAGAACGGUGAGGAAUCAGCCCAGAACUACACAGGAGGAUCUUGUCAAUGAUCUCAAGGCAGCUGGGACCAUAGUCACCAAGAAAACAAUUGGUAACACACGACGCCGUGAAGGACUGAAAUCCUGCAGCGCCCGCAAGGUCCCCCUGCUCAAGAAGCACAUAUACAGGCCCGUCUGAAGUUUGCCAAUGAACAUCUGAAUGAUUCAGAGGAGAACUGGGUGAAAGUGUUGUGGUCAGAUGAGACCAAAAUGGAGCUCUUUGGCAUCAACUCAACUCGCCGUGUUUGGAGGAGGAGGAAUGCUGCCUAUGACCCCAAGAACACCAUCCCCACCGUCAAACAUGGAGGUGGAAACAUUAUGCUUUGGGGGUGUUUUUCUGCUAAGGGGACAGGACAACUUCACCGCAUCAAAGGGACGAUGGACGGGGCUAUGUACUGUCAAAUCUUGGGUGAGAACCUCCUUUCCUCAGCCAGGGCAUAGAAAAUGGGUCGUGGAUGGGUAUUCCAGCAUGACAAUAACCCAAAACACACGGCCAAGGCAACAAAGGAGUGGCUCAAGAAGAAGCACAUUAAGGUCCUGGAGUGGCCUAGCCAGUCUCCAAACCUUAAUCCCAUAGAAAAUCUGUGGAGGGAGCUGAAGGUUCGAGUUGCCAAACGUCAGGCUCAAAACUUUAAUGACUUGGAGAAGAUCUGCAAAGAGGAGUGGGACAAAAUCCCUCCUGAGAUGUGUGCAAACCUGGUGGCCAACUACAAGAAACGUCUGACCUCUGUGAUUGCCAACAAGGGUUUUGCCACCAAGUACUAAGUCAUGUUUUGCAGAGGGGUCAAAUACUAUUUCCCUCAUUAAAAUGCAAAUCAAUUUAUACCAUUUUUGACAUGCGUUUUUCUGGAUUUUUUUGUUGUUAUUCUUUCUUUCACUGUUCAAAUAAACCUACCAUUAAAAUUAUAGACUGAUCAUGUCUUUGUCAGUGGGCAAACGUACAAAAUCAGCAGGGGAUCAAAUACUUUUUUCCCUCACUGUACAUACCAUGGAUUGUUGAUGCUAUGUAUUGGCCAUUGAGAGGCUUUGAAGCCAUCGGUCGCCCAUAUUGGCACUCCCCAGUAGGAGCAGUCUACCAUAGGAAUGAAUGGAAUUCUACAGUAUUUCAAUUAUAAGGACAAUAUUACAUGUUUAAAUAUUAUACUUUUUUUUGUAGUGGGGACAGCAACAUUAGUAAUCUCAUUAUACUUUAAGGAUUUUUUAGAAAUAUAUUUUUUAUUUGUAUGUUUAGCUCACAUAAUUUUUUUUUAAACGUAUGCAUUAAGGUGUCUGUAAUAUAAUACAAAUACAUUUCUAUAGCUUCCAAAAUAUAUUUUACAAUUGUGGGGGAGUGCCAAGAUGGAGGUAAGGUGGCUUCAACACAGCACCCCUUAUUUGUUAUCUAGUGUAUAUAUAAAUCAUUGAUUCUGACAAGCAGUCAAUGCAAAACACUUUUGAAAGUAGUUUUGGCAAAUGUAUUUUGAAAGCAGUUUUUACCUUAUUUUUCCAUUGCUACCACAUUUAUUUCUCUACUCCUUUAAUUUUUCAAAUGCAGUUUUACAACCAGAGUUUCAAGCAUUGUUUACCUGUAGCUGCGCAACAGAGCAUGAAAGGGGAGGUUAACUUGGCUAUAGACAAUCGAUCUGAGACUUAAGUUUCACUCAUCAGAUUGUUUUUAGCUUCAACACCUAUUUUUAUUCUCGUAAUAACAUUUCCUUUCACUUUUCAUCCAAUGGUUAUUUCUAGUGCUUUUAAGACUCAAAUUGUGCUAUUUUGUUUCUUUUUGUAGCCCACAUUUUUCAAUAUUUAAAUAGUAAUGCAUUUGAUUCAUCCACUGUCUUAACGAUGGAGGAUAAUUCGAUUUCCAGUUAACAAAUGUAAUUAUUUUGUUCCCCUCAGGUGAUCAACCAAGGCCUGUUAUGUGUGGCAGCGUCUGUCGUGGGGGGCUCCUACCUGCUAGUCAGAUACCCCCCUAACAUGCCAAACAUCUCCAUCGAGCAGCUGUGGACCAGGCUACAGGCCCUCAAGAGUCCCUUCUGAGGGUUUGUGGGCUAAUACCACUUCCACCCAGAUAGAGGUGUGAAAACUGAGCUACAAACAGCAGAGCUCAAACCCAACUGACCUCAAAACAGAUGGAAAAAUACAAUGUUCUGUGACCCAAUUACCAAUGUCAUUUUUUCAUCAUGUACUUAAUAAACAUUUAAUUGACUGUAAUUGAAGGCCUGUGGGGCACAUUUUGUGUUAAUGUACAGGUAUAAAUGCCAAAAUUAUGGAAACACCAACAUAGUGUCUUAAUAGGGCGUU